CUUCCCUCAGCCACCUAAAACAGAAAGCAGAGUUGGAAGUGAUCCUACUGCAAGCCCCUGAGAACCAUUCUGCUGGCUUUUCUGCCCCCCUUGUGAAAAUGGUGACAGCUUUUGCAGCCAUGCUGGGUGUGAAUGUGUGACACACUGUGGCAGGAAGUGCUCGAUGUCAGAUCUGGCGAUAACCGGACCUUUCUUCCAGGAAGAUGAGAUCAUGUGGUCUCGUAUGUGAGUAACCUAGGUUGUGAAUACCAAGGGCAUAACACUCUCAGUGAUUUGGGGCCCUGUUGCUUCGGGGUCCCCAAGAGCUCUUUGGAAAUGUCACACGGGGAGCCGUCUCGUCUCGAACCAGUAUGAACAUGGUGUGUGGUUCACAAAACCACAGAAACGUGCUGCAAUGGUGUCCAUCAGUACCAGAGGCAAACCCAAGCUGAACAACAACACCGUGUGGAAAAUAUCAGUGUGGAAAAUAUUGAGCUAACAGCCACAGACAUGAGUCCUCUCUUUAUCUUAAGCCCAGAGACAGCAGAGACAGCUGUCACACCUCUCACAUCCUUCUUUCCAAGGUACUUUGUUCACAAAUAGACAUCACUCUCAGUCUCCUCCCACACCCCUCCCUCUUUUUUACUGUGAAGAAACAGAAAGUAAAGGGUGCUUGCAGUAAAGGAAUUCCUCUGAAGUCAGAUCUGAUCGAGCUUUUGGGUCCUUGGUUGAUUCAAAAGCCUGUGGUGACAGAUGUGGUAUCCUUGCUUAGAUAGAUCAGAUUGAGAUUCUACAUUUUUUGUUCUGAUGAAAACACCAGAGAAAGAAGAUUCUUCUUUCCAAGAAAGUUGAAUGCAAAAAGUAAGGUCUUUGGCACUGGGAAAUACCCUCAGCUGUGUUAUGACCCACUGCCUUCAUAGUGUAAACUAAGCAAAGCUAUAUAUGAAUACAUAUAUGUCUAAUGAGGCAGCUAGUCCCUCAUCUGUGGAAAUUUUGGCUCAGAGUAAGUUUUAAAAGUGAAAUCAGAUCUCAAAUCUCUUAAGCAGUUCUGAAAGCAUUCCCAGUCAAACACUACAGCUUUUUAUCCACAUUUAACAUUAUUUACUAAAAUCCACCAUGAGGCAACUACAGAAAUGGCUUUUGGUCUUCAUGCAGUCCCAGACUAAACAUGAUCUAGUGGCAGAGCUAAAAACAUCUAUCUCUGCCCAGUUGCCGAAAUGAGCCCAAAUGAGCCCUGGCCCAGGUCGAUGUCACUGGCUGGAGCUCAGCCCCGUGUCAAGAGUCAGCCAUGUGCCCAUCCCCUCCACUCAUUUAUUGACAAGAUAACUCUAUUUACUCUGCUCUGGCUGCAGCGCUGCUGCUUUUUGUGAAAAACAAAGGGGCACAUACAGAGCUGUGGGGCUGUAAGCAGAAAGUAGUACAGGAAAAGUACCUGAGAAGGACCUGGGCUAGAAGAAAAGCAAAUGCUUCAGGGAGGAGUGAGUGGUGGUGCAACUGAGUGCAGGGAGCCCAGUGUCAGGAGACUGGACAGCGAGAAGAGCAAGACAGAGGGAGUCUUGCAGGUUGGGACUGAGAGGCACUGUGCUUUCCUUUCAUCUGCCUGACCACUGUGGUAACCAGACACGCUGCCUACUGCCAUCUUCCCUCCAUCCAGUGAUCUACACCUGCCAGACAGAAUCUACUCCAUCCCUGUGCUGGGGAGCACACCCUAUCGUUUACCUCUCCCUCCAGUGGGACCAAAGAGGGUAGCCAAGGAAUACAGCAUCUGCUCAGCAACUCCCUGUCCCCUGAGGAGGACAACAUAAGCUACCUGUGCCAGCCUCCUGGGUUGUUCUUCUCUGCACAGCUGGAGGUUCUCUUACCCUGACUUUUUCUGGACCCCCCCUGAUCAUCCUGCACAUCUUCUGUCCCUGUGAGCCUCCAAACCCUCCACUUCAGAAAAGAAAAAAGUGGUUGUACGGGGUGCUCUGACCCAUCGUGGGCAGGACGGUGCAGGACAAAGGCCGAGCUGAAGGGACGUGACAACAGGUUAUUGAUCGCUGCGGAGACCUUGAGCUCGGGUAAAUAGAUGUCCUACUUUCUCCCCCACUCCAUGCAUGUGUGAGCUGGCUGGUGUAGGGGUAUGGGCCAGGUCUCACAGGAAGCAGCAGGCUUUAAAGAUGCCCCUGAUGGAGGCCGAGGAACAGGAGGAAGACUCCAGCUCCCUCUCAAAUGACAAAUCGGAGAGCAACUCACAUCACUGCCUCUGCUAUGUGCCCCUUGGGAUUGCCCUUCUUGUGCUGGCUGGAGCUGCUGCAGCAACCUGGUAUUUCCUAGACUACAGACCAUGGCACCUGGAACCAUCCAUCCUGCAGUUUUACUGUGGCAGCCUCCAGGUCCUCAAUCGCUGGUACUCCCCAGACCUUGGGCAGGUGGAGUCCAGAGCCUUCUGGUUGGAGUCAGCUAAGCUCCAGAACACGCUGAAGGAACUGAUUCGUGCCACAGAGCUGGGUCGAUAUUACAACUCUAGCACAGUGUAUGCCUUUGGGGAGGGGGCUCUGACCUUCUUCUUCUGGUUCACCCUCCAAAUCCCUGAGAGUCAGCAGAAGGAAAUAACUGCUGAGAGGGUAAACACAGUGCUCCACCAAGAGCUCUCCACCAGCUUCAACAGCUCAGGCAGCCUGUCCUACCAGACGGAGUACAGGGUCAACCCAGACUCGCUGGUUCUCCUGGAAUCCAGUGUGAAAGACAUAGCAGUGCUGAAAUCCACUCUGGGUUGCUACAGGUACAGCUAUGUCCAGGAGGAUGACAUCCUAAGGCUGGAGGGCCCUGACUACCUGGCCUCCAGUUGUCUUUGGCACCUUCGUGGCCCCAAGGGCUACAUGAUCAAGCUACACCUGGAGUGGACUCUCCCUGAUUGCAGGGACCGCCUGGCAAUGUACGAUGCAGCUGGGCCCCUGGAGAAACACCUCAUCACCUCGAUCUAUGGCUGCAGCCGGCAGGAGCCCAUUGUGGAAAUCCUUUCGUCUGGCCCUGUCAUGUCCAUUGUGUGGAAAAAAGCCAUGUACAGCUACUUUGACCCCUUUAUCCUCUCAGCACAGGCGGUGCCCCUCAAAGCUUGUGAAGUGAAUAUAACUCUGCGGGAGGACCUGGAGCUGCAGGGGAAGAUCGGCACCCCACAUUACCCCAGUUACUACUCGCCCAACACGCAGUGCACCUGGCACAUGAUGGUCCCUUCCCUCGACUAUGGAGUCACCCUCUGGUUCGAUGCCUAUGCACUCAGCAGACAGAAGCACGACCUGCCCUGUACCCAAGGCCAGUGGAUAAUUCAGAACAGAAGGUUGUGUGGGCUGCGGACCCUACAAGCCUACGCUGAGAGGAUCCCAGUCUCAUCUUCUGCUGGCAUCACCAUCGCCUUUACCUCGCAGAUCUCCUUAACUGGCCCUGGUGUACAGGCAGCUUACAGCCUGUACAACCAAUCUGACCCCUGUCCUGGGGAGUUCCUGUGUUUGGUGAAUGGCUUGUGCGUCCCAGCCUGUGAUGGGAUCAAAGAUUGCCCCAAUGGGCUGGAUGAGAGAAAUUGUGUGUGUCCUGCAAAGUUCCAGUGCCAUGAAGACAGCACUUGCAUCGAGUUCAGCAGGGUCUGCAACCAGCAGCUGGACUGUGUCAAUGGGAGCGAUGAGGAGCAGUGCAGCGAAGGGGUCCCCUGUGGUCCUUUCACCUAUCGCUGUGAAGACGGGACCUGUCUGAAGAAACCCAACCCCCUGUGUGACACCACUGCAGACUGCAAGGACCUGUCUGAUGAGAAGCGCUGUGACUGUGGGAUGCAAGCCCCUCUCAGCAGGAUUGUGGGCGGUCUGAAUUCUGUGGAAGGGGAAUGGCCAUGGCAGGCCAGCCUACAAGUUCGGGGCCGCCACAUUUGCGGGGGAACACUCAUUGCUGAUCGCUGGGUGGUCUCAGCUGCGCACUGCUUCCAGGAUGAGAGGCUGGCUUCCCCCUCCAUAUGGACCGUUUACUUGGGCAAAUACUUUCAAAAUGCCACCAGCCACACAGAGGUGUCCUUCAAGGUGAUCCGCCUCUUCCUCCACCCUUAUUACGAGGAGGACAGCCAUGAUUACGACGUGGCCCUGCUCCAGCUGGACCAUCCUGUGAUCAUCUCACCUUUAAUCCAGCCUAUCUGCUUGCCUGCUCCUUCUCACUUCUUUGAGCCUGGCCUUCACUGCUGGAUCACUGGCUGGGGGGCCCUCAAGGAAGGCGGGCACAUCAGCAAUAUUCUACAGAAGGUGGACGUGCAGCUCAUCCAGCAGAACAUCUGCAGUGAGGCCUAUCACUACACGAUUACUCCCAGGAUGUUGUGUGCUGGGUACUACAAGGGCAAGAAAGAUGCCUGCCAGGGUGAUUCUGGAGGUCCGCUGGCCUGCAAAGAACCCAGUGGCAGAUGGUUUCUGGCUGGUUUGGUCAGCUGGGGAAUGGGAUGUGCACGUCCAAAUAACUAUGGAGUAUACACCAGGAUCACUCAAGUUCUGGGCUGGAUAAAGCAAACCAUGAGCUGAGAAAAGUGCAUCUCUAUCUUCUCCCCAUCACACCCACACUCACAUGGCACUCAUUUCUGAUCUUGCUCACUUGCCUCUCAGAGAGUGUGGGAUGCAGUCAGACCCAGGAUGCUUUUCUGAAUAGGGCAAGAGAAGGCUGCCAUAGGGAUUGUAGAUAAAAGCAGGUAGACCCUCUUCCCUAUCAGUGCUUCACAGGGAGCAUCCCAAGGGGUUGUUAGGCUAUCCAUCCAAAAGAGGGGGGAAGGGAAGAGGGGGGAGAAGGAGUUGGGGGCAAUGACAUGACACACAGCAAUAGUCCCAAGUUGAUGGUUUCUGAGAAGAGGAAUAAGAGGGUUCAUGAACUUUCCACAAACCAUGUGAUUCAGCCACAGUCUUAUGCUGGAACAUUUGCUGAAAGAAAAUGUGACUGAUGUAGUUAGAGAUUCCAGUAACUGUGAAAUCAAUCUGCCUCCCUCUUCCUUCCUGCUGCUUAUCCUUCAUCCCCCUUCCCCUCCCAUCACUCCUCCUCUUCCAUCUCCCUAAUUGCUUCUUUUCUUAGCUGGCGUGUGCUGUUCAGUGUGCUGUUCAGCUCAGCCAGGCAACUCUUCACGUCUCACUGACUCCCAGGCACGAGUCCAGCAUUGCACCCCCAAGCACGUGUCCUGCCUUCCUGCUGGAGCAGCACCCAGCCUCCACUGCUGUACUUCCCUCACUAAAAACACUGGAGCAGCCUCCCAUUCCCUUCCCUCAGCCCUUCUAAAUACCUUUAACAUAAGGAUGUCUCAACUGCUUCCAUCUCCUAUCUCAGGUAAUGGAGGAAGUGAAGGAGAAGGCUUCAGGGCACAGUGCUUGAACUGCAACUGCUAUGGGUUCGGGUUUUUUACUAAAGAUACACGUAUGUGUGUGUGUGUAUAUGGAUAUAUAUACAGUGGACUGCUCUCUGGAAUUAGAAAUAAAAUUAAUCCGAGGAUUUUU